CUGAUCAAUCCUGUACGUUAUAUUCUAAAUAAUAAUCGAUUGUACAUGUACAUGAGUGUUGGUUGAAGAUGUCUGCCACCCACAUGUCGAACGAAGGGUUUCAAAUUCAGUUCGCCUCUGUUAUGGAGAGUGUAUUGAAUACUGCAGUCACCGAGACAAUUAAACUUUUCGAAACAACUAUUGAGGAACUGCGAGCCGAAAUAUCCAGAAUAAAAAAGAGAACAAGGAACCUCAAAUCGAGGCGUCGAUCCCAUGAAAUAACGAAGAGAUGGACCGGUGAAAGUGAACGCCAAAACCACAGAGCCCAGACCGAGUCAAAGUGCAACACGUAUCGGAAAAUGUGACAUCGGCGUUCAAUGCGUUCUGACAAAGCAGGCUUUACCUCGGGCUGGGGAGCAGCACCUGCGGGAGGAGGACCAGGGGACUGAGCUGCACUGUGGAGCGUAUAACAAAGAGGGCAACCCACAGAUGGCCUUUGUUCUGAUCAAACAGGAGGUGGACUGGGAGGCAGACUAUUCUGAUGACUACUCCCCUGGGUACAUACUGCUGAAGAAGGAGGGGGCAGGUCCCCCGACUCUGGUCCGCAGACAACCUCUCAGAGAGUUACCAGGCAGAGCCCUGGUCCCUCCUGGAGCCGUCAGGGCCCUGAUCAACCGUUACACCCAGGAAAGGCCUCCCACCACCCAGUCUACCCCAGGAGACGCAGCGGCCGUCCUCCAGGGAGAUCCAGACACCCAGGAGGCCCCCCAGGCUCUCAGCCCAUCCCAGCCCAGGACCAGAGAAGUUACCAGUGCCAGUGCAGGCCAGGCCCCUGGAGCAGAACAGCAGUCACUGGUAAUACCAGCAGCAGAGUCUCCCAUCAACAUUACACCAGACAGCAUCUUCUCAAUCAGCAGCCACUAUCCAGUCUACAUCACCUGUCCUGUCUGCUGUAUUGGUCCAGUCCACGGUAACUACUCUGUCAAAAGAAACUGUCCAGUCGACCGUAACGGUGAAGUCGACAGCAGCAGCGUCAGAGCGCCUGCCACCUGUCCUCUCCGGGUUACCCAGAACCCUCAUCAGGAUACACAGCCCAGCCCCGUACCCCCUCGUCCACCCCAAUCAUCACCAUCACAGUCCUUCACAGAUGUUCUACCUGUAGCUCGUCCAAUAGCAGUGCCCUCAACACAACCAGCUAGGCCUACAGGACCACCGGUCGCACCACCAACACAACCGCAACCGCCUACAGUUUUGGAGCAGUUGGGUGUUGCCACGGCAACAUCGCUAACACCACCGGUCCAGUCCGCUCCUUCUCCAACUGUGUUGAUAGAACCUGCCGGCCCCCCUGAGAAGCAGGGGUUGUUGGUCACUGAUCAUGUGCAACGCUCCCCCACUGUGCCACGACCGAAGUCACCUGCUUUCCCAGAGAGGAUGUCUGAUGAAGCUCCUCCUCAGCUGUCAGACCCUGCUGCCCUGCCCCCAGAACAGUACUCCAUCUCCAGUGGUUGCUAA